GGUGCAGUAUAACGGAUAUGGUCUUGAACACUUCCUUGACUUUAAAAUCUGAAAAGCACUAGAAAAAGCUAGUUAGCUAGUUAUUUAGUUUUUUACAGCAGGUUACGAUCCUAUUAAGCAGCGGCCAACCUUCACUAAGAACAAACGACCGUAAAAACUGACGGCUCCAUCGGUCACUCUCACAGCAGGAAUAAUUGCUAGUGGUAUACACUAGUAGUGAUUGGAAACAGAAGGCUGUCGACCGUCUCUGAAACCAUGAGCACUAUACAGAGGAAGCGGCGUACCACAGGCUCCACUGGCUCCAGACGCACAACCAAGAGGAGCAGGGCCACCAACACACUGUCCCACAGGGCUCUGGACAGCAUGCUGCACAACGAGGACGUGGUGGACCUGACGUGUGAGGUUUCUGAGCCGGCUGUGGUGGACCUGACAAGCAAUGACUCCGUGGUGCUUGUGGAUGACGUUCCCCGGGUCAGGCGAGGACAGGGGGGUGAGAGCUACGUCUUGAGCAGCGAUGAAGAGGAGGUUGUGAAUGUGGGAAGCAGCGCAGCCUUCCUCUCUUCGUUGGAGGCCAACAGUGCGGCCAGGGCCACCCCAGGAACCAUCAGCUGCCCUGUCUGCUUGGACACAUACGGAGAGAUUGUGGGGAGCGGCCGGCUGGUGGUCUCCACCAGGUGUGGUCACCUGUUCUGCAGCCAGUGUCUCCGCGACUCACUGGCCAAGUCCCAUGCCUGCCCCACCUGCCGGAAGAAGCUGACCCACAAGCAAUACCACCCCAUCUACAUCUGAGCCCCACCCUGCCCCAGAAGUCCUCAGACACCUUGGGUGGAUCUCUCACAUCUCCCCCAAUCAUCCUGGUCUCUCCCUGCUCCCAUUCCCACUUUCACCAUCUCGUCAUCCUCCACAGAUUAAUUAGCCUUUGCUCCCUGGCAGCAGUGACUGCAGUCAGCAUGCUGAGCAAGUAGAGAAAGCAGUUUGAGGACCCGGACAUGCAGCGAGUGUGGUCACCCUUUGGCUGUGUGGGAUAAAGUAUCACAUGUUAGCUCUUGCUCUAAGCUCGUAUGGAAGCACUUCAUAUGAGGAUGUUGUGCAGAGUUGUUAUGAUUUCGUUUUCACUGUCUGCACCAGUUUUGUGUUUUGUCAGUUCCAAAAGCUCAGGAAUUUCUGCUGGAGCCCUUGGGCCAGUUAAAGCAGUGUUUUUUGGAGACCUUUGUUGAAUUUUGUCACCAUAGUGGGACACAGAACUUUGUAUAAUUUAGUAAUUUAAGUCACCCUGAAACCUAAUUUAAUACUGAGCAUAACAGAGGGAUUUUUUUUAAUGUUGAGUGCAGUGGACUGGGCACAAGGCAGUCUGGCACAGAUGGGGUGCCAGCUGUUUGGCCAUGCUGGUGGAGGAUUCCAGGGUGAAGCUGAAACGGCUCUGUGGCAAUCAGGAGCCUUGCAAAUGUGGCAUACCUUACAGUCCACCUUGGCCAAAUUUCACCUAUCAGCUCUAAUAGUACAAGGACUAAGGACAACAAGCUGACAUCAAUUUUGUUACAGGUGUUGAUGCACACUGUAAUUAUAUUGGGGAAGAAUCUUUCACCUUGAGAACAGCAGUGAGUUGUAGUGUUGGGUGCCACAUCUGCCUGUGUUGAACAUUUAUUAAGUUUCUUCAUCAGCUUCUUGGUGGGGUUGCUGGUCUGUCUCUUUCCUUAGGAUAUUGCAGUUUGUGUAUGUAUUAAUUGCUGCUUGCAUUGGCCAUGUCUUUUCCCUACCCAUUUCUAUGUGUACCCUGGGUACACAUGGGUUUGAAGGGAUGUGGGUUGCUAUGGCAGUGUACAAUAAUAAUGACAUCUCAAAGUUCCCCCAAGGACUGACCACUCUCCCUUGGAUUGACUCCCCCAUAUAGCUGCCUUUACACUCAAGACUAACCUGAAGAACCUGUAUCACCCUCUUGUGGAUGGACUGCCAGGUGCUGGUUGAAAUUGUGCUGC